AUUGUUGUGACGACUUUUGAGUUUUGGAUGGCCGAAGACACUACACUACCCACAAUCCCCAGCUAUUGUUGUUACGACUUCUGUCCGCUUUGCGAUUACAUUACCCACAAUCCUCAGGUACCGUCGUAAAGACGGCAUACCUUUGCACUUUACGUGACCAAACCUGGAUGAGAGAGUCGCAGUUCUUCAGAAUCAAGAUCCUGCAAUUUGUUCUCCAAAAAACAACCCUUUGUUUUUCCAAACUCCAAACAACCCAAAGGCACUUUUAAGAGCCAAGUCUGUCUUGUUAAACUGUCCUUGCUGUGUUGUACUUGAUAGUCUCUUCCUAUCUCUCUAUUUAUUUCUCUGUCUAACUCUGUUGUCAGUCUUUCUUCUGUGUCUCUGUCUGUGUCUCUUCACUAUAAUGAGUGAUUCUGAUCUUGAGGAUCUCCUGAGAAGCGCAGAUGAGCUGGUUGAGCAGAAAGAGUUAAGGGAUGACCUACGGAGUGCUGAUGAUUUGCUUUGUACUGCUACUGCUGCUGUUGUUGCUGCUUCCACUUGGAAGCGGCAACAACAGCAGCAGUAGCAGCAGCAGCAACAGUGCCAGCAGUGUCAAUGAUGUGCUGGAAGAAGAGAGACAGUGAGGGAAACUUGAUCUUUGCAAGACCACGUUCAACCCGGAAUGUCUCAAAUCAGGCUGGCUGCAGUCGUAACACUGAUCCCCCCGUUGCUGCUCCUGACUGUGAUCUGAUCUUUGCUCCAGUUAUCGCUCCAGAGACUGUUGAGGGGUUUCUACGAGAUCUCCAGCAGUCUCUGAGCGAUACUACAGGAGAUGAGGUGGUAGCACAAACCCCAAGUGCUUCUCUGCUGGCAUCGACCAACUGGAGCACUCGAAAAAGUUUUUUUUCAGAGAGCUGGAGGGCAGCGAGACCACAUCUAGUUAACACCGUAGUGGCCCAAGCAAAUGUGGGAACACACAUUUGCCAACAGUGUUGGGGCAAAACGUCUGUUGUCCGGUGCCGGGAUUGCCGACCACAUCCCUUCUUCUGUGCUGACUGUGAUGUCAGCAUGCACUCCAGACACCCCCUCCACAACAGAGAUGCUACUACUGCAGGUUACUUCCAGCCAUUGGCCCCAACAACACAUGUACUAAAUAUGGCCCUUUGCUCCUGUGUGCGGUUUGUACCUGUGGAGAUCCCGGACAAAAUCUGUGGUUGUGCAUCAGAGUCAUUGAGCCUCAAGCCAGGAAAGACUGUGACUGUGAUCACAAUGAAUGGACGACAUGAGCUAAGCAUGCCAGAGUUGGCUUGUGAAGCAUGCGCUGCGACAUGGACGACUGGGGUUGACGACCUUCUUCGGAGUGACUACUGGCCAGCUACCCUUCACUUCGCCACCAUUUAUGCCACAGAUGUUUUCUUCUCAUUUGAAGAAAUGAAAAUGGCUGCACCUGGACUAUCCUUUCAGGCAUUUAAGGAUGCUCGAUCAGCGAACGUUGCGCUUCGGCCGUACUGGGAAGAUCUCAACUGACAGCUUCAUCAAAAGUUUCUUUGAGUGGGAGGCUGUGCGUUAUGAGGUCGACAUCAUGUGCAAGGAGGAGCCCUUCACCUGUCCUGCGUGUAGCCCUGAUAUGCUUGCAGUUUCCGUGGAUGGAAACCGCAAGCAUUACCGUUUCAAGAAUGCAGCUAGAUCUGAGGAACAGGCCAUCUUUGACGGUGUCUUUAUAGCCAGGGAUGAAGACGUCUCAAGAUUUGUGGACUAUAUACACACCACAACCAAACAUGUCUCCGGAAGAGGUGUUUGUGGAGGACAGUGGUCGGCAGCCAGAGAGACCUCCCAAAAAUCAGCCGGCAAGCUGGAUGAGGAGGGACUAGAGCUUGCCGUCUGUCGACAUGGAGUGCUCCUCUGUGCUCUCAAUAUGUACAGGGGAGAAAUCUUUGCUUAUCCCCUGUACCUACAGAAAAAGCUGGCCAGUAGUAUGUUCUUUUGCAUGGAUGUGACCUGCAAAUAUUGGCCCUACCUCCAGAGAAUCACAAAAAGCUGUCCAGAGCUCCAGCAUCUUCUCGACAUGAAGCCCUUUCUCUCAGUGUUUCAUGCCAAAGUGCAUGACUUCAAAUGUGAAGUGAAAUGGAGUGGGGCAUAUCAAGAGGGGGCUGGACUAACCCUAGGGGAGGAGGUGGAACAGGUCAAUGCCUUCCUCUCUCGGAUAGCAGUGACCACAAAACACAUGUCAAAAGCAGGACGUACAGACAUGCUGACGCUGAUGGCCAUGCGCUGGAAUCAGCAAAAAGUCAGCAACUUGGCCACCUCACUGUCCCGCAGAUAUCUGAAGACCACAAAAGCUCUGGAAAAGCAAUUGCAGAACCUGGAGUCCAUGAAGGCUGAGUUGGCAGUGACUGAAAAGCAGCUGGAAGACUGGAUCAGAGAUGUGAAUGAGUGGGCAGAAACAACAACAAACAACCCAAGGGAUGCUGCUGCCUUGGCCAGCAAGAUCGAAAUGCUGACAGUAAGUGUCAAGAGACGUUCGCAGCGUCUCUACAAAGACACAGACAGCAACAAAGGUCGUUCCCGGAUCCGCCGCAAGAUCAGGGAUGAGAAAGGGGUCCUGACAGCCACAGUUGAGAAAUACAACUCAAUGGGUCCAAGCACAGAAGCGCUGUGCCUCGAAGCCAUUCUGUCUGUGGAGAAAGCUUGGCCAUGGCAGCUACCAAACAGUGACUCUUUCGACCUCAGGACAAAGAGAAGAGCAUUCGACCUUGUCAUGGCAGUGAAGAGACUACAGGAGGAGAAGAAGAUUCUCGUCACAGAAAUGAACCAACACUGGAAGGUCCUUUCAACCCGCAGUGAUUCCCUGAAAAAGAUGUCCUGCCUGCAAAAUUCACCAUUGGGCCUGAGCGAAGACGGGAUGAAAGGUCUCCAGAGCAUGUUUAGGAAAAAGCAGCACGACAUCGGAGAAAUGAAGACUCAUGCUAGACAAUGCUAUCUGCAGCUUUUGACUGGAGCAGAGACCAUCAGCUUCUUGCAAAGUCUUUCAGAUGAGUCUUCUGACUGCGACUCUGACAGCUCUGAUGACACACGGUGA